AUGUCGUACCCUCAACAACUUCCCGCGCAGAGGCCGCCGCCGCUGCGACAGUACAACAACGCCCCUACGCCCUCGGUGACAUCGCCAGGAGGACACUCGCAGGAUGGCUCUUAUGCAGGUUACAGCGAUAGCGGCAUGAGCAGCUCGGAUCAUCACACUGCGGACCCGGGCUACGACGAUGCGGCCUAUAGCUAUAGGUCCAACUCGGCAGGCUCCGGGCCAUAUGCACCCCCGCAGUCGCAGCCACGCUCGAUGCGCCCACCGGGCCCUCCAGGACCUGGAUACGGACGACCACCUGGCCCCGAUGACCGGCGAGGUUAUCCUCCUGGUCCUGGAGGAAGACCUCCACCGCAAAAACGAUCAAGAACACCCGGCGGACGCCCACCUCCAGGCGCUACCUUUGACAAUCCUUUCCCUUCCUUUCCACCAGGUGAUCCAAGGGGUGAUCCCAGACGAGACCCGCGAGACCCGCGAGACCCACGAGGUCCACGAGAUCCACGAGACCGAAGAGCUCCCAGAGACCCUAGAGACCCUAGGGACCCUAGAGACCGUCGCGGUCCACCUGGAAGUCUUGAAAAUGGCAUGGCUGCUAUGGAUAUCAACGGCAGAGGCCCUCCUCCCCGGCCACAUACUUCAAAUUCAAAUGGAAGACGCCCAGACAUGAGAGGACCGCCUCCACGCGGGCCUCCGCCAGGCAGAGGCCGAGGUGGAUACCCAAUGGGCCCAGUGCGAGCUGCCAGCUCAGGUAGACCAGACCGCCCUUAUAUCGAUCCCAUUGGUGGCCCUAUGCCUCCGCCAGGGCGAAGCGCAACAAUGCCGAUGACACCGAUAUCUCCAAUGGGUCCUCCAAGUGCUCCCUUGUACCCAGGGCAGUCGACCUAUCAAGAAUCGGAUUAUCCAGCCAGUCCCAUUUUCGAACCUCCCAUGCGCCCCAAUACUGCUGGAAGUAUGCGACCUCCGCAAUCUCGUGCCCCCAACGAUAUAGACCCUGGAUUGAUGAUUCCCCCGGAACCCACCAAUCGCGUUUCAUACGCGCCCAAGGAAUUCCUGGAUAGUUACUACGAGACUUCUGGUGGUGGUGGCGGCGACGAACCCGACAUGCCCAACUUUGAUGCCAUUCCGGACACAAAGCAGCAUGGUCCGAUUGACGAGAUGGGAUUGGACACGCCCACCCCAAUGCGGAGACCCGGCCCUGCUCCUAAUUCUUCCCCUAUUGGCGACUAUACUUCAUACUCUCCAACCGCAGACGCUCAGCGCUCCCAAUCUCACCCAAAUUUGCGACAGGCCGAGGUGAACCAGUUCGAUAAUGCAGGGUUUCAGUUUGAUAUUCCAGGAGAAGAUCCUCAUUCCAUGGACCAUCAAGACCCUGGCUAUGGACCAAACGGCUAUGGAUCAAACGGCUAUGGCAACUAUGACGGCUACUCCCACGGUUCUGCACCGGUUCGAAUGAACCAACCGGCUUAUCACCCAGAGCAGCCUGAUAUGGUAGAACCCCAGCAAAACUCGGAUGCAUUGCCUCAUCACCCAGCCCCGUUCCGCCUGGGCCACGAUACGGCCCCCAAACCUGCGCCGGUUCGCCAGUACACCACUCCUGAAGCUGCCCCCCCACAGGUUACACCACAGUCUAUGCCACAGCCGAUUGUGCCAGCUGCCAAUGCCCCGGCACCAGUCACACUAGAAGAGUUGCAGCGACUGCAACAGCAGGUGCGGGGAAACCCCUCGGACCAAAAAACGCAGCUUCUUCUGGCCAAAAAGCUGGUUGAAGCAGCCACCGUUCUUGUUGAGAAUAACAGUCGGCUCGAUCCGAAAACCAAGGUCAAGGCUAAAGAGAAGUAUAUCCUUGAUGCUCACAAGGUGGUGAAAAAACUUGUCACAGCCGGGUACUCUGAAGCACAAUUCUUCUUGGCUGAUUGCUACGGCGAGGGUCUCCUUGGCCUGGAAGUUGAUCCCAAAGAAGCCUUUUCUCUCUACCACUCUGCCGCCAAGCAAGGCCACGCCCAGUCUGCAUACCGUGUAGCAGUCUGCUGCGAAAUUGGCCAGGAAGAAGGCGGUGGUACCAAGCGCGACCCUUUCAAGGCCGUCCAAUGGUACAAGCGCGCCGCUGCUCUUGGUGACACACCCGCCAUGUAUAAAAUGGGCAUGAUCAACCUCAAGGGAUUGCUCGGUCAAGCGCGCAACCCCCGGGAGGGCGUCUCCUGGCUCAAGCGCGCAGCAGACCGUGCAGACGAGGAGAACCCUCACGCCUUGCACGAGCUCGCUCUGAUGUAUCAGAACGCGGGCGGAAAUGACAUCAUCGUUCGCGAUGAACAAUACGCCAGCCAGCUCUUCCACCAAGCUGCUGAGUUAGGUUACAAGUUUUCACAGUUCUGUCUUGGCAAUGCCUACGAGUAUGGACUGAUGGGUUGCCCUGUUGAUAACCGCACAAGUAUUAUUUGGUACACCCGCGCCGCAGCCCAAGGUGAACACCAAAGUGAGCUUGCCCUAAGUGGUUGGUAUCUCACUGGAUCGGAAGGCAUUCUAUCACAAAAUGAUACCGAAGCCUAUCUAUGGGCUCGCAAAGCCGCUACUGCCGGUCUUGCCAAGGCAGAGUAUGCCAUGGGUUACUUCACCGAGGUUGGAAUCGGCUCUGCUGCGAAUUUGGACGAUGCGAAACGGUGGUACUGGCGUGCAGCUGCCCAAGGAUUCCCCAAGGCACGUGAACGACUUGAGGAUCUCAAGAAGGGCGGAAGCAGGAUGCAAAAGACCCGUCUUUCUCGCUCUGCGGUUAACAAGCAGAGUGAUGGCGAUUGCAUCGUCAUGUAA